AUGGUCCAUGACGUGCUGGUCGCGCACUCGCCCGCGGCGAGAGAGCUGGUUUCCUUCCUGGACCCGUCGCCGCUGCUGAGUGCAUGGGGCUCUGUGUCGAGGGUGGCCGCCGGCGCGCUGGGGUCGCUGUCCAGCGGGCUGCACUGGCCCGCGGCCGCGGGCGCAGCUGCUGAGCCAGCGGGGCCUCACAUGGUCGAGUACUACGCCAAGGACUGCCCACACUGCGUGUCCCUGGCGCCGGUCUGGCGGGACGCCCAGCACGCGUGGACGGCGAGCCAUCGUGGCGACGGCGCCGACGUCACGUGGGAGCAGAAGGAGUGCUUCGGGCCAGGCUGGGCCAAGGGCCGCGACUACGCCGAGUGCCAGCAGCAGGGCGUCGAGUCCUUCCCGACCAUCAAGUUCUUCCCCUCGGCCAGGGGCCACGGCGUCGAGUACGAGGACGAGCGGUCAGUCGACGGCAUCCAGGACUUCCUGCAGUCUCAGCUGUCGGGUCCGAAGGCCGACCUGGACACGACCGGGGCGGUGGCCGCCGAUGCUUCGAAGGCCGAGUUGGACACGACUGGAGCGGUGGCCCCAGGAGACGCCACAGCGCGCGUGGUGGAGUAUUACGCAAAGGAUUGCCCGCACUGCCAGGACCUUGAGCCCGUGUGGAAGGACGCACAGCAGCAGUGGCGGGAGGCGAAUGGCGGCGAAGACGGCGGUGUCGUGUGGUCGCAGAAGGAGUGCUUCGGGGAAGGCUGGGCGAAGGGCAAGGACUGGAAGGAAUGCGAGAGUGCUGGCGUGGAGGGCUUCCCCACCGUCAAGUUCUACAGGGGAGCAACCGAAGACGAGUUCGUGGACGACCGUACAGCCUCCAAGCUCGUGGACUUCGUAGACUCUCACGUCAACCCAGAGGCCCACAACUGGACGACCGAGGAGGUGCAGAAAAUCGAGGAAGCCGUGGCAGGAGGCGGCGCUGCCCCGGUGACGCAGGCCGCGGCGCCGGUGGCGCUGGCAGCCCUCGGGGCGCCGGCGCUGGCGGCGAGGCGGGCCCGCGCGCCUGUCGCGUCCGCGGCGCGGCCGCGCCGCGGCUCCCGGGCCGCCCUGGCGUGCUUCCUGUGA